UUUCAUCAAAAUUUUUGGCAGCAGGAUGCAUUGCAAGAUAUAUUCCCUGACUAUAUCAAGAAUAUUGUUCCUCUUUUCCAUCUUCCUGUUUUCAAAAUGUCUGACAGCCAUGUGGUUUCCUAAAAGUCUACCUUGUGAUGUGAUAAAUGAUGAAGAAAGUGCCACUGUAAUUGUGGACUGCAGUGAUCGCCGGUUGAUCAAAAUCCCACCGGAAAUUCCCUCCAAUGUCACUAAUUUGACCUUGACUAUUAAUCAUAUCCCAGAAAUUUUACCAGAAUCAUUUGCUCACCUGAAGGACUUAGUUGAACUUGAUUUUCGCUGCAACUGUGUACCUAUAAUGCUGGGACCAAAAGACAGAGUUUGUACUAAUAGAUUAUUUAUUAAGGAUGGAAGCUUUUCAUCAAUGAACAAUUUAAGAUCUCUUUAUUUGGAUGGAAACCAACUUUUAAAAAUACCAAAAGGUCUUCCAGCAAACUUAGUACUAUUGAGCCUUGAAGCCAAUACCAUAUUUUCUCUCUACAAAAAGAACUUUACUGGAAUAUCUAAUAUUGAAAUGUUAUACCUUGGACAGAAUUGUUAUUACAGAAACCCUUGCAAUGUCUCUUUCCAUAUUGAAAAGGAUGCUUUUGAAGACUUACUUAAUUUAACCAUUUUAUCAAUUAAAUCAAACAACUUAUCUUAUGUUCCUGAAGCUCUCUCAAGUACGUUAAGGGAACUGUAUCUUUAUAACAACAGAAUUGAAUACAUUCACGAAUAUGAUUUAAAAAAUAUGUACAAUUUAGAGAUUCUAGAUUUAAGUGGAAAUUGCCCGAGAUGUUAUAAUUCACCAUUUCCAUGCAUUCCAUGUGAAAAUGGAGCUCCGAUCAACAUACACCCAAAUGCUUUUGCCACUCUAAGAAACCUGAGGAUUUUACGCCUUCACAGCAACUCACUGCGCAAUGUCCCAAUUGCAUGGUUUAAAAAUACCCGGAACCUCCAAAUUCUUGACUUGUCCCAAAAUUUUCUGGCAUCUGAAAUUAGAUGUGCUGGCUUCUUGACUCUACUCCCAAAAUUAAAAGAACUUGAUUUCUCUUUCAACUUUGAACUUCAAGUAUAUUCUAAAGAUUUACAACUUUCGAAAACAUUUUCCAGUUUGUUGUCCUUGGAGACAUUAAGAAUUCGUGGUUAUGUAUUUCAGGAAUUAAAUAAAAACAAUCUAUCACCUUUGUUUAAAUUAAAAAAUCUUACAGUUUUGGAUCUAGGAACAAAUUUUAUUAAAAUAGUUGAUUUUACUUCAUUUCAAAAAAUCCCCUCUCUGCAGACAGUAGUUCUCUCCAAUAAUAAAAUAUCUCCCUCUGGUGGAUCUUCUUUAGCUUCUUGUUCAGCCUUCAGUACAUAUCCUGAGCAAUAUAAUGUCAGAGGUUUCCAUGACAUUCACUAUUUUCUUUAUGAUGAAAAUGCCCGACACUGCAAAUCCAAAGUUAAAGAGGACUCGAGAUUUCAGCUGUUUGUAAAUGAGGAUUGCAAAGCUUAUGGAAUGGCAUUAGACCUAAGUCAAAAUAACUUUUUUUUUAUAAGACCUACAGAUUUUAAUGACCUUGGAUAUCUAAAAUGCCUUAAUUUGUCAGGAAAUGCCAUUAGUCAGACUUUAAAUGGCACAGAAUUUAGUACUCUAAGAAAAUUAAAAUAUUUGGAUUUUUCAAACAAUCGUGUUGAUCUUCUCUAUCAAAAUGCUUUCCAGGAACUAACUGAACUUGAGGUAUUGGACCUUAGUUACAACAAGCAUUACUUUUUAGCAGAAGGCAUAACUCACAUGCUAAAUUUUACAGCCAAUCUUAAAAGUUUAAACAAAUUAAUAAUGAAUUGGAAUGAAAUAUCGACUUCAACAAAUAUCGAAAUGGUUAGUCAAUCACUUCAUACUCUGGAGUUCAAGGGAAAUAACUUAAAUGUUUUAUGGAGAGAAGGGGAUAAAAGGUACUUACAUUUCUUCAAAAAGUUGUCUGAACUUUCUGUACUAGACAUUUCCUACAAUUCUUUACCAUUUAUACCCAAUGGUGUUUUUGAAGGUAUGCCUCCCAAACUUACUGAGUUAAAUCUGGCAAAAAACAAUUUAAAAACGUUUGAAUGGGUAAAUCUGCACUUUUUACAAAAACUUGAAGUGUUGGACCUAAGUUACAAUUAUUUGACUACAGUGCCCCAAGAGUUAUCAAACUGCACAUGUUCAAUCAUCAGACUUAUUUUAAGUAAUAAUAAAAUCAAAACGCUAACUCCUCAUUUUCUUAGAAAUGCUUUUACCUUGAAACUUCUGGAUUUAAGUGACAACAAGAUUCAGUAUAUAGGACAGACCAGUUUUCCUGAGAAUGUUCUGGAUAAUUUAAACUUGUUAAAACUGCAAGGAAAUCCAUUUAAAUGCACCUGCGAUGCUGUAUGGUUCGUGUCUUGGAUAAAUCGCACAAAAGUGAGCAUUCCCAAUUUAGUAACUGAUGUAAUUUGCGCAGGACCUGGGGCACACAGAGGGAAGAGCCUGGUCCUUUUAGAUUUGUUUACCUGCCAACAGAAUAACUAUAAUAUUAUCCUAUAUUCUUUUUUUACAUCAUUCAUUAUUUGCCUAACGAUGAUCUGCAUUUCAAGCCACCUCUUCUUCUGGGAUUUUUGGUACAUAUAUCAAUUAUUUAAAGCUAAGGUCAAUGACUAUAAGAGACUUCCUAAAUUUUGCUAUGAUGCAUUUAUUGUCUAUGAUACUACCGAUUCUGCUGUAUCAGACUGGGUUUAUAAUGAAUUUGUGAAUGUUAUUGAAGAACAAGGUGAUAAAAAGUAUAAUUUAUGUUUAGAAGGUCGAGACUGGUUGCCAGGUCUUCCUUUUGUACAUAACCUUCAAGAAAGUGUACAGCAUAGCAGAAAAACAGUGUUUGUUCUUACCAAGAAAUAUGUUAAAAGUGGGCAUUUCAAGACAACAUUCUACAUAGCUCACCAGCGUCUUAUUGAUGAGCGAACUGAUGUUAUAAUUUUAAUAUUUCUUGAAGAAAUAUUAGAAAGGUCCCGAUAUCUCAACCUGCGGAAAAGUUUGUGUAGAAACUCUGUUUUAUAUUGGCCAUCCAACCCAAAGUCUCAAAAAUACUUUUGGCACUGCUUGAAAACAGCUUUAGCAUCAGAUAAUCAAAUGGCAUAUGAUAAACUUUUUAAAGAAAAAAGGUGGGAGCCAUAAUAAAUGUGUUUGUCAUAACCAGUGAGUAAUGCUGUGCAAUGUAUAUGAUCUAAGAAUAUAUUUAGGAGUUAAUAACCUCAUGGGUUGUGCAAUAAAUAUGUUUUCAUUCUUCACAUAUGAAUGGUGAGUGAGACCAAUCAAAUUAAUGGUUCUGGGGACCCUCUCUAAUCUCUGGGCCCUAGGCAGAUGCCUAAGGUCACCAUAUGGCUAUUCCUGCUCGCCUACCAAGAAACCUCCAGCUUUGAACAACAUGCAUAUU